AUGGGGGGGGUAAAGGUACGAGUUGCUCUCGCAGGAUUUAGGGGGUCCCGGGACUCUUUUCCUUCUUCCCAAGGAUAUUGGAGAAACAGUAUGGCUGAAACUCUUGCCAAGAACUACUUCUCCAAGUCGCAUCGCCAUGACCGCAUCCUUGGAAGCGAGGCAAAUUACUGGAGCCACGCGACCUCGUCCAAACCAAGGCCACCCUGGUUGCCUUUGGAUAGUGCACGACGGGAAGAUCCUGACGUUUCGCCCCGCUCUGCGGCCCCGAUGCACGAACGGCAGUGUACUAGAAAUAGUUUUGCUUCAGGGCCUGGUGGUGGGUCGUAUGGGAGGCUAUUAGACAUUGGAGGAGGCGCUACCACCCAUCGAUAUGCGGAUCAUGUCCUCGACAAUCCGUUCCAGACAACCGGUUAUGGUUCAUACUCAGAGCCUCAAGAUUCAAGCGUCCUAAACAAGACGUGCUGGAGUUGCUUCGGGGGCGCUACUGCAGCCUGA